AUGCAGGGCGAUAUCUUCUGCGACCCAGAAUCCGCUUUUACCGCGUUUUACCGAGCCUACAACGGCCCCACCGUCGACCAUUUCUACACCACCUCUGUCACAGAGCUCGACAACGCCGUCAACCAGCUCGGCUACUCCGCCGAGGGGAUCACGAGAAGAGUCCUCACCGCUGAGUCCGCUUGCCCCUACAUCAAAUCGGAGCCGCUCUAUCGCGCCUACAGCACCACGGCAUUCGACCAUUUCUAUACGACCUCCGAGUCUGAGUGGAACAAUGCUAUAGUGAACUUGGGAUACAACCGCGAGGGAAUAGCGGGAUAUGUAUACGCGGACCAGGUCUGUGACAGUAUCCCACUGUUCAGGACGUACGGCGCUGCCGGAACGGAUUACUUCUAUACCGCCAAUGAGCAGGAAUACGAUGGUGUGGUCGAGGGAGGGUUUGCGGAUGAGGGCAUCGUGGGAUAUAUCCUACCGGCUUGA